UUUCCCACCACUCUGAGGGCAGCGCUCAAAGGCACCAAAAGGACUGAGAGGGGUGCACACCACUGCCUCCAACAGUUUGGACGGCUUAUGGAGGUGGGAGAGGGCGAGCUGGACGGCGGCCUCCGCCUUGCUCCCCUUCCGGGGUUCCACCGCCUCGCGGGGUCCUCAACCGCUAACUGCGCCCUGGUCCCGCCCGCGGCCCCGCCCCGCGCUCUCGGCUAGCCUCCGGGGCCUGCAACUGGCCCGAGGCCGCGCCCCAGGAGUCCGCCUACCCCGGGCCGCCUGCCCGGCCCGAUGGGUGGGCGCGGGGCCGUCUCUACCCGCUGGCGGCCGUGACUCGACGACCUUGGCCCGGAGGCUCUAGCGGGAAGCCACCCACGGCGGCGGCGCGGACUUUGCCCAGCGCGGGGGACGGAGCGGACCGUGUGUCCGCGAGCGGGCCGCAGAGAUGUUGGCCUUCGCUGCCAGGACCGUGCCCGGGCAAGUGGCUGCCUCUUGCUAGGUUCUGCUCACCCACUUGGUAGCACAGUUAGGCUUAGAGAUCCAGCCCAAGGCAGACAGACAGGGCCCAGAACCUCAGUCCUGCCAUGGACGACGGGCAGCAGAAAGAGAAGAGUCCCCAGACUCCCUCUCUGUCAGCUCUCACCCUCCUUGCCAGGCCACUCAGCUCUCUCUUGGCACAGCGCUGCCCCCAUGCCAGCCCUGUCCCCACCCCACAGACAGGAAAAAGCCCAAGACCUCGCCCUCGCCCAGAGGUGAAGCCCCUGGGCUUCCUCAAGCCCUCCUCCUUGAUGAAGGUUUCCAGUCGCUUCAAGACACACCAGGACUCGCUACCCCGGCUGCCCGUGCCCCCGCUCCAGCAGACCCUGGACCGUUAUCUCAAGGCGCUGCAGCCCAUCGUGAGCGAGGAGGAGUGGGCCCAAACCAAGCAGCUGGUGGAAGAGUUUCAGACCGCGGGGGGCGUAGGGGAGCGCCUGCAGAAGGGGCUGGAGCGCAGGGCCAGGAAGAUGGAGAACUGGCUGUCUGACUGGUGGCUUAAAACAGCCUAUCUCCAGUACCGCCAGCCCCUAGUCAUCUAUUCCAGCCCUGGUUUGGUGCUGCCCAGGCAAGACUUUUUGGAUCGGCAGGGCCAGCUCAGGUUCGCUGCCAAAUUAAUCGAGGGCGUGUUGGAUUUCAAGGCCAGGAUUGACAACGAGAGCCUGCCCGUGGAGUACCUGGGGGGAAAGCCGCUGUGCAUGAACCAGUACUAUCAGAUCCUGUCCUCCUGCCGCGUGCCGGGCCCCAAGCAGGAUUCGGUCACCAGCUUCAGCAAGACCAAGAAGCCACCCAUGCACGUCACAGUGGUGCACAACUACCAAUUUUUUGAGUUGGAUGUGUACCACAGCGAUGGGACGCCCCUGACCUCGGAUCAGAUCUUCAUGCAGCUGGAGAAGAUCUGGAACUCAUCCCUGCAAACCAACAAAGAGCCCGUGGGCAUUCUCACCUCCAACCACCGUAACUCCUGGGCCAAGGCAUACAGCACCCUCAUCAAAGACAAGGUGAACCGGGAGUCAGUGCACUCCAUCCAGAAGAGCAUCUUCACCGUGUGCCUGGACGCACCCAUGCCUUGGGUCUCGGAAGACACGUACCGCAGCCAGGUGGCUGGCCAGAUGCUGCACGGGGGUGGCAGCAAGCUCAACAGCGGCAACCGCUGGUUCGACAAAACACUGCAGUUCAUCGUGGCAGAAGAUGGCUCCUGUGGGCUCGUUUAUGAGCAUGCAGCAGCAGAGGGACCCCCCAUCAUCACCCUUGUGGACCACGUCAUUGAGUUCACGAAGAAGCCCGAGCUCGUGCGGUCUCCCAUGGUGCCCCUGCCCAUGCCCAAGAAGCUGCGGUUCAACAUCACCCCCGAGAUCAAGAGCGACAUUGAGAAGGCCAAGCAGAAUCUCAGCAUCAUGAUCCAGGACCUGGACAUCACGAUGUUGGUGUUCCACCACUUUGGAAAGGACUUCCCCAAGUCUGAGAAGCUGAGCCCAGACUCCUUCAUCCAGAUGGCACUACAGCUGGCCUACUACAGGAUCUACGGGCAGGCGUGCGCCACCUAUGAAAGCGCCUCUCUGCGCAUGUUUCACCUGGGCCGUACCGACACCAUCCGCUCGGCCUCCAUGGACUCACUGACCUUCGUCAAGGCCAUGGAUAACCCUAAUGUGACGGAGCGCCAGAAGGUGGAGCUGCUGCGGAAGGCCGUGCGGGCCCACCGAGCCCACGCCGACCAGGCCAUCCGUGGGGAGGCCUUCGACCGGCACCUCCUGGGCCUGAAGCUGCAGGCCAUCGAAGACCUGGUGAGCAUGCCCGACAUUUUCAUGGACACCUCCUACGCCAUCGCCAUGCACUUCAACCUGUCCACCAGCCAGGUCCCUGCCAAGACAGACUGUGUCAUGUUCUUUGGGCCCGUGGUCCCAGAUGGCUACGGUGUCUGCUAUAACCCCAUGGAGGCGCACAUCAACUUCUCCGUGUCGGCCUACAACAGCUGCGCCGAGACCAAUGCGGUCCGCCUGGCGCACUACCUGGAGAAGGCGCUGCUGGACAUGCGCGCUCUGCUGCAGAGCCACCCGCAGGCCAAGCUCUGAGCCCUGCUGCUCAGGCCUGCCGGUGCCACAACCAAGCCGCCUCGGGCUGGGCCACCCACCGGGCCCUACUCCUUCGCUCCCUCUCCCCCUGGGCCCCCGAAGAUCUGACCGAGUCUGGGACGGCAUCCCCCAGCGGGGCCCGUGGCGCCGAGCUGAGUACCUUCCGUGGGUCCUCGCCAGCGCCCGGGCUGAGUCCAGAAGCUGAGCAGGAGGUCGGGCCAGGUGCCCAGCAUCUCACCCGCUGCGGCCUCCUCCUGGGAGAGGAACCAGCCGAGCUCAUCCCUUGUCAGGGUGGGGACUGGGAAGUCCCUUUCUUGCUAGCUCAGCUCUGCCCAGUUCCUGCCAUGUGCGUGGCCAGGCUUGGGUCUGUACCCUGAUCCCUAAGCUCCCAAGGACCUAGAGACAGGGUUACCUGGAGCUGGGGGCCUCCAGGCCUCCCCAAGGCUGAGGGGCCAGGGCGCGAGGCGUGCUGGUGGAGGGGAAGCCCACGCUGUGUCACAGCACCGUCCCCCGUGGCUCUGUGCUCUUCUGGAUGAUGUGGCUCACAGGCCCCAGCUCGCUUGCUUCCACACAGCUUGAUUCCUGAACCAUGUCCUGGUUGUAUAAUAGUAUCACGUGAGGCAGUUAAUAAAGGGGAAAUUUGUUGG